AGAUUUCAAAAUGGAUCAAAGUCUAACAGUGUCCUAUUUGGGAUCUAGAGGCUCGGGCGAGAAAGGAAAACAACCAGCUCUCCUGACAGAAGCCUCUGAGAAGUACAUUAUUUGCAAUCUGUACAGAUUUUGCCAAGAAACUCUAGAAGAGAUACUGUCAAAACUUGACGGCAAUGAUGCUAUGAGUGGUGAAUGGCAGGUGGUAAGAGAAGAUCUUAAAAUUUGGGAAGCUGAAUUGUCAGUUAUGGAUGGCAAACUUGACCAGAUGCUUCUUGGGCUUAAAGUUGAAGAUUUACGGGAACUAACUUGCUUUUCCCUUUGCAUUAUUGCUGUGUAUUCAUCAUGGUGUGAGUUUCUCAUUAUUGAUACAGUUUACGAGCUAUAUCUUGCUAAUACUUAAAAGGGAUAAACCCUAUUGAGCCACCAUGCUCAUACAAGGAUAUUUUGGGAUCAGGAGGUAUAGUGGAGACAAUAAUUGCUUCGGUGCCAGGAACAAAAGGUUUUCUGGAAUUUACAUUUCAAGGUUUGCGUGAGAGGGGAAGCGAGUUGGUUGGGUCGGCCCUGUCUGGAAUUGACAAUCUAAAUGAUCUUCUUUGGCCUACAAAGCGUAAGUAUCUCCAGUAUUAUGGCCAACCUCCAGGAGUUCUCAGCCGCGCUCCUCCAAGCACACUGUUAAACCAAUCAGAAAGGAUUCAAUCGGUGAAGACAUACGAUACAUCCGAAGCUGCACAACCUACAAAACUGGGGGUCAGGAUCUUUGAAGACCUGAUCUGCAAAAAAUUUCCUGGCAUCAGUGCUGACCUUGCAGUACACUUUUCUGAGUUGAAUUGGAACCGCAGGGUUAGGAUAUUAAAUAUGAAGAGGGAAGACUUGGACUCUUGUAGUUCGGCGGACUUGUUAAGUAGGAUAAAACCAGAAGGCCCCAUUGAAAUCUUACUAAUUUGGAGAGACUUAGGAUUAGCAGGAUCUGUUUCUGGAGGAGAAAAGAUUCCGAUACUCGAUCCCGGCAAUCCAGAUCCUUUGUAUAGUGGAUCCCAAAUUUUGGCAACACCUGAGUUACCUAGUACUGUCUGUCCGAGUACUAGCAGAAAAUUGAAUUUUCCUAAACUCGCGGCCGAAACUCUCUCGGCUCAGUCUGCUCUCACAUGCCCUAUAUGUGGCAAGCAACUGGGCGGGCUUGAAUCAGUGGAAAUGUGGAAGUUUGUAUUCCUGUUGGUAAAGUUUGCUUGACCUGACUAAUAUCUCAGAAAACAUGUGUUUGAAGAUCUUCAACCGUAUAGCUGCUUAUUCAGUGGCUGCCCGGAGGCAAAUACUACAUCUGGUUCAAAGCAUUGCUGGAUUUCGCAUGAGUUUCAACACCACCGUCCCCAAAAAGCUACCAUUUUUGUUUGCCGAGAGCCUUGCAAUCAGAGGUUUGCUGAAAGAAGUGACAUGGUGCAUCAUAUUGUUUAUGGCCACCUAGCUGGAGCAUUUUUAGGCUCUGAGGUUGGAGGGCUGGUGGACGCAUGCAAGACUGAGGUACAACUGGAGAAAUCAAUCUGUCCAUUCUGCCAAGAUGAGAUUGAAGAGACGAAGGCUUCGAUUCAGAGUCAUGUUGGUGAUCACCUAGAUGAGAUUGCUUUGCAGGUCUUGCAGCUAGAUGUUAACGCCUUGAGUAUGAUAUUUGAGCGCUCCAUCACCAUUCUUAAUAGAGAUGCUACUGGAGCGUGUCAGUAGUGGAAAAAGUUUGUUUUUAUAAUUUCUAUGUUUUUUCUUUCUAAUUUUUGCUGAUUUUUAUCUUUUCCUAACCUCUUAUCCUUAUCAUAACUCACUCUACACUCUAUACGUUCCGCUUGUUACAUAAAAUUUCAGCUUAUCCUCUAAGUUGCUUCCCUUUACCUCAGUUUUAUUUCCAAAAUUGACCCUAUUUUCGGUAUGGAGCUGUCAGUAGUGCUGGACGUGCUAGCAAAACGCUAUUGUGGUUACUGGUAAUAUGGUAUUUCUCUUCGCAAACAGAAUACUCAUGGGUGUGUAACCGUGUGUUAUUUGAAGCACUUCGUUUCUAACUUCUGACUAGGUUUUUCGAAUCUCAUUUUCAGCAACACUUGUUAUCCACUACGACACCCUACCAUUGACUGGCUUUACUUGGUCUCUCUGGCUUGCCGGUAUUUUUUGUCUUCGGCGCGCUUUGGGUGUUGUAGGGGGAGGCCGAACUGUUGGUUGGGUCGAAGCAGUAGGGAUAGUUUAGGCUCCGUUCGGCAGGAAUGGAACCGUUUGAGACCGUUUAGUUUUCUCAUACAAAACGACCGUUACGAAACGGAAGGGUUGGGGAACGGAACGGAACGGACGCGAACGGUCGCAUCCGAACAGACCCUUAGUGAUCUUGCUGGACUGGGUGGAAAUAAAUGUGUAAGUCAAUUCUAACUUAUCCUGAAGCUUGAGACCUUAGAUUCAUAAGAGAUAGUUUUUUAAACAAAUUACGGCAGCAAUUCCUUUCGAAACCUACCUAUAUCAACUACCAUAUUUUGAUCGGAUGCACUAUUUGAUGUGACAUAAUGCUCGCCCGGGUAUAUACUUCCCUUCUUUGCUCCUAUUUCCUUUUGGUAAGUUUCAUACACCUUUAACGGCCUCCUUUUUCUGGCAUAUACUGACCUGACGAUCAGGCUUCAAUCAAGUAUAGUCUCUGCUCUAACUUUCAUGUUGAAAUAGUUUCAUGGAACUAUUUUCUCACUGCGUUGGAUUUUGUUUGCUAUGGAGCUCUGUUUUUGACCUGCCAUUCUAGGCCCGUUUGUAUAACCAGUUUUGCAAUAGCUCUAGUUAAUACAAACAAUUCCUGGCUU